CACACACAAUCAUUGAAUAUUGAAUGGCUAUUUCAUGUGAUUGGUGUAGUAAAAAUAUACACCAAUCACGAAUUCACACAACGAAAAGUGGACUAACACUCAUUGAUCAGUUUAGUAUAUCGUGUACCACGUGUUCUGAUUGUAUGGAUUCAUUACAAUAAUAAAAUGACGCCUGAAUCAUGGUUAAAGAAUAUUCAAAAUGCCAAGAUAACUGUUCUCAUUCAAGAUGGAAAAAGAAAAGUUCAUUUUUUAUUAGAAAAUGGGAAAGAAAUGGUAGAAGAAUACAACAUGGAUACAAAUGUAGUAGUACGAAGAAUAUGGAAAGAGAAAAAUAGUUUUGGUACAGAUCAGGGAUGGAUCGUAGAAAUUGGGGAUCCUGAACCUAAAGAAAAUAAUAUCGAAAAAGAUGGAAUACAAGAAAGUUCAAAUACUCCAUUUGUUACACAACGAAUUACAAAAACAUCCUUGGAGUGGCGGAUCAGAAAUUUACCAUAUCCUAGUAAUGUAUAUUCCGUUACUGCAGAAAAAGAUAAUACUAUAACUGUACGUACAAGUAACAAAAAGUACUUCAAAAAGUUAAGGACUCUAGAUCUCGAGCGAAUUGGGCUAAAGCCAGAACAGGAAAGGAUAUCAUUUAAGCAUCAGUAUAAUACUUUAAUUAUUACGUAUAAAAAGCCCCCCGAACUUCUUGAUGUGGAAAAGAAAAUAUUAUCCAAGAUUCUACAGAUUAAAGCUACAGAAUCUGCAAAUCAAUGUCCAGUCAGUUAACAAAAAGUAUUAUGAAUUAAUUCCUUACUUUUGAUUAAAUUAUGCAUUUAAGAUUUGUGAUAAUUUUAUUUUUAAUAUUCUUAAAUUAAAAAUUUUCGUUAUUCUUCUUGCAUAUAACAAAGUUUAUGAAUUAAUACUAUGUAUUUAAAAUUUGUGACAAUUAUUUCUAUAAUUUGAAUUUCGUGUCCUAAAAAAUAAUAUUAAAUAUUUACAUAAUUCACUAAUAGAAGCUAUAAAAAAAUAUUAAAUUGUAUAAGGACCACUGCACAAAUUUUUUUUUCAAACACAUGUCCUAUUUUAAUGCAUAAAAAUCAAAUUGCUUAAAAAAAUAGUCACUUUUGUCUCAUUGUUUGUAUAAUUGUGUAUUUGAACACAGUGAUCAUAUAUAUGUGAUAUAAGUUCUAAAGUGGAAAAUAAUUGUCAUAUAAUAAUAAAGUGACGAGUCUUUAAUUUAUAAAAA